AAAAAAAAAAACAAACCAAGGCCUGUCUGACAACCACCUGACAUUUCUAGUUCACAGAAAUGCAACCAUCACUUCCACUUGUAGUUUCACAAACAACACUCAGAGCUGUUAGGAUGCUGUGCAUUGUAAAAUACAGUUUUCUGUUGGUCAUGAUCUGUUUAAGAAGCUCCUUGUUGGCAGCCACAUAUCUGAGAGUUACAGAGUUAACUGGAGCUUGGGGGAAAGACAUCACCAUUGAGUGCACUACUCAUAAAAGCCCUCAACAUGGUGUGUACAUGUACAGACAAGAAAGAGAAAGUAAACUGAAGGAAAUUGUAUACCUUUACAAAGACAGCACACUUACCUAUAAAGAAAUUAACAAAUACAAAAUCAAUGUAAAAACAGCAUUCCCCAACCUUAACGUCACCAUCAAAAAUGUAACUCUCAGCGACGCUGGACUUUACUGGUGUGAAUAUAAUUACGAAGAAAAAAUUACCCUUAGCAAAUCCACUUUGUUAUGGAUAGACACAGUUCCAGACCCAGGCACAGUGUGCCCACGCCCAGAGUGUCCUGAUACAUAUUCCUAUGGGAUCAUCAUCAUCAUUUUGUGUGCUGUGGUGGGUCUACUGUGCUUUUUUGGUUUCUACUACGUGAUUCAGAAGCGGUGUGUGGGGAAAGAGAAACUCACACCACCAAAUCACUCCUCACCCCCAGUCUAUGAAGAGAUGAAUCGGAGCAACUUGUCCAAUACAAGGUCAUUAAUCAACCCUGAUUAUCAACCUAUUUGUGAACUUUGAAACAUAUGAUUGAUACCCAUAUAACUGACCAAUUAAUCAGUUCAUAGAGUAAAAGACAGCAUUCUUAUUGUUUAGCUUAAAUACUAUGCAAAUUGAUUCAACUUCCUGUUUAUCAGAAACAAUUCAAAAUAAAUUAAGUGUGAAGAAUAAAAAAGUUGAAGGGAUAUUAUUAGCUAAGGCUGUCUCACUUGUGGUUUAAUGUUUACACGAAUGCUAAGUGGAAACAAAAAAUGGAUGACGUUUUUGUUAGUUUCAAUAUGAUACUAAGCAGGCCAUCUGUAAAUUAUAAAAUGAUCACCCAUAUUCAUAUUUUACUCCUCUGUUCAUAAAACAAUAAUAAUAAUAAUAAUAAUAGGGAUGGCACGGUGGUGCAGUGGGUAGCGCUGUCGCCUCACAACAAGAAGGUGUCUGGUUCGAGCCUCGGCUAGGUCAGUUAACAUUUAUGUGUGGAGUUUGCAUGUUCUCCCCAUGUUCACGUGGGUUUCCUCCGCGUGUUCCGGUUUCCCCCACAAAUCCAAAGACAUGCGCUAUAGGUGAAUUGGGUAUGCUAAAUUGUCCGUAGUGUUUGCGUAUGAAUGAGUGUGUAUGGAUGUUUCCCAGAGAUGGGUUGCAGCUGGAAGGGUAUCCUCUGCGUAAAAACAUGUGCUGGAUAAGUUGGCGAUUCAUUCCGCUGUGGGGACCCCAGAUUAAUAAAGGAACUAAGCCAAAAAGAAAAUGAAUGAAUGAAUGAAUGUUUGUGUGUGUGUGCAUAAGUGUGUAUGGGUGUUUUCAGUGAUAGGUUGCAGCUAAGGACAUCCGCACCAUAAAACAUGUGCUGGAUAGGUUGGUGUUUCAUUCUGCUGUGGCGACCCCUGAUUAAUGAAGAGACUUAGCCGAAAAUAAAAUGAAUGAAUAAUAAUAAUAAUUCAUGUUUAUUUCUCAGUACUAAUAAUGGAUCAUCUCGAUUUGCAUUUGUGGCCAUAUUGUCUGCAUAACCUUUUAGACUGCAGUUUUGAAGAGUACUUUUAGUAUAUUUUUACAUUUAAAGAGCAUACAUGUUUUACUUAUUGUCCACCAUGGCAGCCUUUUUUAUUUAUGUAUUGUAUUUUAUUUAGUGUCUCAUCACUGAAUAUUUUGUCAUGCUGUUAUACUGUGCAUUAUGAUCUUACAAUUGUAAAAAAUGCAACUAACCCCAAACAAAUAAAAACAAUUAAAUAAAUAAAUAUAUAAACAUUUGUUUGCUACACUCUUGAUGCUUUGAUUAAAAGUGUUGAUUUAAUGUUUCUCAAAUAGUAUGCAUGUUUUCCUAAUUGUCCAGGGGUGCUUUUCCCAAGCAAUGACGUAACUCAAUGCUGAACUAUCAUAGAAUGAUGCAUCGUUUGAGAAAAGAACAAUACAGUGAUGAGUGUUUCCCAAAACUGUAGUUUCUCUGUCAGAGAUCCAUUGUUUGAACCACGUUAGUUAUAGCGUAAAACGUCCAUAAUGAUGCUUUAAACUGGGUCUUUUAACAACUUCUAAAAAGAAAAACCCAUAAUUUUUAAGCAAAUUAUAUUGUUUUACACGCACACGCAAUAAAAAAAAUUCAAUAUUAGUUUUGCUAAAUAACAUGCACUCGCUUUCCAUAUUAAUUAAAAUAUGUGUAAACAGCACAUAUAGGGCCUAUUGAGAAUAUGCCAUAUUCUAUUCUAAAACAUAAAAACACAUAUGUUAAUUUAAUAUAUAAAUCAGAGGCGAUUUGGUGGCGCAGUAGGUAGUGCUGUCGCCUCACAGCAAGAAGGUCGCUGGUUCGAGCCUCGACUGGGUCAGAUGGCAUUUCUGUGUGGAGUUUGAAUGUUCUCGUGUGUUUUCUCUGGGUGCUCAGGUUUCCCCCACAAGUCCAAAGAUGUAGGAGAGGUGAAUUGGGUAAGCUAAAAUUGUCCGUAUAGUGUAUGUGUGUGAAUGAGAGUGUGUGAGUGUUUCCCAGUGAUGGGGUGAGGCAGGAAGGGCAUCCACUGCAUAAAACAUGUGAUGGAUAAGUUGGCGGUUCAUUCCGCUGUCAUCCCAGAUUAAUUAAGGGACUAAGCUGAAAAGAAAAUGAAUGCCUGAAUGAAUAUAAAUCAUUAUUGGUUGUCAUUUGCAGUAGGCUAUUUAUUAAGAAAAAUCCUACUUAAUUAUAAUAAAAAUAUAUCAUUGUUAUUUACAUUAUUAUUAUUAAGUAGGAUCUUUAUUUAUUUUAAUUUAAUUUAAUUUAUUGUAAAAGUCUAUUUUACAAUUUGAUACAUUCAAACCACUGCAAAAAUGUUCUAACCAACAGGCUCAUGUCAUAUAUAGUACAGAUACAUUUCUUAAUAAAUAACCUACUAUAACAUAAAAUCACUAAUGUAUGCUAUAUAUUUUUGUUUUACAAGCUUUGGAAAUGUAACGUAAAUUCCGCUUUUAAAUAAUAGGUCACCCAAAGCUAUCAGCAUGAGCCAUGGCUGUUUUAAAAAUGGCAUAAAUGUUUUCAAAGCGCACUGCGAAAGGAAUGCAAUUGUCAAUAUGAAGAUUGAAACUGAACUGUAAAACAUACUUUGAAAGCAAAUUACACCGAAGAGAGAUGACUUUAAUAUUUUUUUUUAUAAUUCCAAGUUUAAAAAUAGAACAUAGGGACGAUACCUGGACAUAGAACACAACCACGAAACAGUGCUUCUAACUACAGCUCUAUCAAUGUAGUUGCAAUCAUCCAAGUUUACGACGCAGUUUGUGAGCGUUUGUUUGAACAACGAAUUUGGGAAACGCCAAAUCAAUUACAAACUAUAUACAAUAUACAAACUAUGUUUGUAACAACGCAACUUGCGACCUUAGUUGGCUUUCGAUGGUUUUCGGAAACGCACCCCUGUAUGUCUGUUUUUUUAUUAUAUUUUAUUUUAUUUAGAGUCUUAUCACUGAAUAUUUUGUCAUGCUGUUAUACUGUGCAUUAUGAUCUUACCAUUGUUAAAAUGCAGCUAACCCAAAACAAACAAUAAAUAAAUAAACAUUUGUUUGCUA